ACCUCCCGCCUAAGGCCGGGAUCUGUUUGUGCUCGGCUGCAACCUUGCCAUGCUCCGCCUGGGCGCGCUCAGGCUGCGGGGCCUCGCGCUCCGGAGCUCCCAGGGGCGCCCAAGCUCCGCCGGCCUCCGGGAAGGGACAGUUUUUGAAUUGUAUCCAGCCAUCCUUUCAUCGGCAGAUUUUUGUCAUGGUGCCUGUGGCAAGCCGGCUUAUUCCAGACAGGAAAGCCCACCCUCACCCCCAGAAUGGAAGGACAGAGCAGAGACUGUGAUCAUUGGAGGUGGCUGCGUGGGCGUGAGUCUGGCUUACCAUCUGGCCAAGGCAGGGAUGAGAGACGUGGUCCUGUUGGAGAAGUCGGAACUCACGGCUGGCUCUACCUGGCACGCAGCAGGUUUAACAACUUACUUUCACCCCGGGAUAAACUUGAAGAAGAUACAUUAUGACAGCAUCAAACUUUACGAGAGGCUGGAAGAAGAAACUGGACAGGUGGUGGGGUUCCAUCAACCGGGUAGUAUCAGGCUUGCGACAACUCCUGAAAGGGUGGACGAAUUUAAAUACCAAAUGACGCGAACCAACUGGCAUGCCACCGAGCAGUAUAUUAUUGAGCCCGAAAAAAUCCACGAGCUGUUCCCUUUACUCAACAUGGACAAGAUUUUAGCCGGACUGUAUAACCCGGGAGAUGGCCACAUCGAUCCAUAUUCUCUGACGAUGGCCCUGGCUACUGGAGCUAGGAAAUAUGGGGCCCUUCUAAAGUAUCCUGCACCAGUGACAUCUCUGAAGCCCAGGCCAGAUGGGACAUGGGACGUGGAGACUCCGCAAGGAUCUGUGAGAGCAAAUCGAAUUGUGAAUGCUGCGGGAUUUUGGGCUCGUGAAGUGGGUAAAAUGAUUGGACUAGACCAUCCCCUCAUCCCUGUGCAACAUCAAUAUGUCAUCACAUCAACAAUCCCAGAAGUGAAGGCUUUGAAACGAGAACUCCCAGUCCUUCGUGACUUGGAAGGAUCCUACUACCUCCGACAGGAAAGGGACGGGCUUUUGUUUGGUCCCUAUGAAAGUCAGGAGAAGAUGAAACUUCAAGCCUCCUGGGUCGCUCAUGGAGUCCCUCCAGGCUUUGGGAAGGAACUUUUUGAGUCUGACUUAGACCGAAUCACAGAGCACGUGGAAGCUGCCAUGGAAAUGGUUCCUGUUCUGAAAAAGGCGGACAUCAUCAACAUCGUCAACGGUCCUAUCACCUACUCUCCUGACAUUCUGCCUAUGGUGGGGCCCCAUCAGGGGGUCAGGAACUACUGGGUGGCCAUUGGCUUUGGAUAUGGCAUAAUCCACGCCGGUGGGGUCGGGACGUACCUCAGCGACUGGAUCCUGCACGGAGAACCUCCCUUUGACCUGAUAGAACUGGAUCCCAACCGCUACGGCAAGUGGACGACGACGCAGUACACCGAGGCCAAAGCCCGAGAAUCAUACGGGUUCAACAACAUUGUUGGUUAUCCUAAAGAGGAACGGUUUGCUGGGAGGCCAACCCAGAGAGUCAGUGGGCUCUACAAAAUCCUGGAGUCCAAGUGUUCCAUGGGUUUCCAUGCAGGCUGGGAACAGCCACACUGGUUCUACAAGCCCGGCCAGGACACUCAGUAUAGGCCAAGUUUCCGCCGCACAAACUGGUUUGAGCCGGUGGGCUCUGAGUACAAACAGGUUAUGCAAAGAGUUGGUGUGAUUGACCUGUCUCCGUUUGGCAAGUUCAACAUCAAAGGCCAAGAUUCCACCCAGCUUCUGGAUCAUCUCUGUGCAAAUGUCAUUCCCAAGGUGGGUUUUACAAACAUAAGUCACAUGUUGACGCCCAGAGGUCGAGUGUACGCUGAGCUGACUGUUUCCCACCAAUCUCCUGGGGAGUUCCUGUUGAUUACUGGCUCUGGGUCGGAACUUCACGAUCUUAGAUGGAUUGAAGAAGCAGCCGUCAGAGGUGGCUAUGAUGUGGAAAUUCGAAACAUAACCGAUGAGCUUGGGGUCCUGGGAGUAGCAGGGCCAUAUGCAAGGAGAGUCCUUCAGAAGCUGACCUCAGAAGAUCUCAGUGAUGAUGUCUUCAAGUUUCUUCAAACCAAGUCUUUAAAGAUCUCUGACAUUCCUGUCACUGCUAUCAGGAUCUCCUAUACUGGUGAGCUGGGAUGGGAGCUGUACCACAGACGAGAAGAUUCUGCAGCCCUUUAUGAGCGGAUCAUGAAUGCGGGCCAGGAGGAGGGCAUCGACAAUUUUGGAACAUAUGCCCUGAAUGCCUUAAGACUGGAGAAGGCUUUCCGGGCCUGGGGGUCAGAGAUGAACUGUGACACAAACCCUUUGGAAGCUGGGCUGGACUAUUUCAUCAAGCUGAACAAGAGAGAUGAACAGUCCAGCCAUGCCUGGACACUGAAGCCGCAGCCCCUCCAGCAUACAGAAAUCUCCACGUUCUGGGGAGAAGCACAGCAUUUGCUUCUGAGCCUUCCAAACCUUCCUGUGCGUUUCAUAAGCGCGGAAAUCGUAGCACAACACAAAGGCACAUGGGGCCAUCUUGGAGUUUAGUGUCUAGGGAAUGACGAGAAAAUGCUUGCAGACAUUUAACACAAGGGCAGCUUUUUUUCCUGAACAUUUUUUCUUGGGUGGACGGUCAGGACAUUUUUGGCAGUUGACUGACCUUACAGAAUUUGCAGAUAGUCAAGUGUAUUGUGAGAAUGCUAAACCUUGGCUAUUGCUGAAGCUAAGCGUAAACACGUCCCUGAUAAAGCCAAAGGUCCAAAGGCUGCUUUCUUUUGAAUACUGAGCUUCAAAGCCUAACUAGUGUUUUCUUUAAAAUUGAAGAAAUUCAAUAAGGGGCUGGAGAGAUGGCUCAGCGGUUAAGAGCACUGACUGCUCUUCCAGAGGUCCUGAGUUCAAUUCCCAGCAGCUACGUGGUGGCUCACAACCAUCUGUAAUGAGAUCCGAUGCCCUCUCCUGGUGUGUCUGAGGGCAGCAACAGUGUACUCACAUACAUGAAAUAAAUAAAUAAUUCUUUAAAAUCGAAUCGAAUGAAAGUCACAGAAUGCAUGUGAAUGGGGACUCUUUUUAGCUUUCGAGAAAAUUCUGGUUUGGUUUAAAUGGUAAUUAUCCUGGUGAUUGAUCUGCUUAGGCAUGUUUUAAAGGUUUUGCUCAGUGUUUAGAUUGUCCAGUGUUGAGACUUGAGACGGGGUUUCAUUUCGUUACUUAGUCCAAACUGGCGCUACACUCGCGAUCCUCCUGCAUCUGCCUCCCAAGUGCUAGGACCCAGAUGUGAGCCAUUGCCCUUGCUCCUUUGGUUUUUGUUCUAUCCCCCUGUACCCAACAAAGCCCCCUUUCUUGCUCCAUUGAAGACUUUUGGGGGGAAGAAAUCCUCAUCUGGUUAGUAAUCUUGGCUAGGAGAAUGCUAGAUGAGUUGUUUCUCAGCCAUCAGUGCUAAGGGCCGAGAGUGAAAACUUUGUGUGUGAGAGAGUUCAUUCUCCGGCCAAUAACAACAGCUAAACUCAUUAUUUAACAUUUUGCUACAAAGGGCCUAUUUGCUGGACUGUAUAGCAAAAAAAGUCUCU